AUGGAAGUAUUCAAUGAAUACACUCUGUACCAUGGGUGGAUGAAGCUUUAUCUGGAGUAUCAAAGAUGGAAUUGUAUGCUAAGGCUUAGUGCCAGUAUAGAGCUUGAAGUCUUUAUGGAUGUGCCGAUCUUUAUCCGUACAUAUUACCGACCUGCGAACAUGGAUGAUUCGUUCAGGUACGGGAUAAUAUUUAGGAUGUAUGAUUUGGCUGUCCAGUUACAGUGGGGCAAUGUCAUGAAAUUGCUACCAGUAACUAAGACUCAAGUGGAGACAAAAAAAAAAAGCACUCAAUUUGAAUGUAAGUAAAACACGGGAUGGAAGAGGAGGCCUGAACCAACAGGGAUGAAACAGUAUAGAAUUCCCCUGGGCGAAGCAAGUCACCGAUUAGUAACCUAAGAAAGAGUUGUCAACGGGCGAGUGUCCUGCUAUAAGGUAAACUCCUACUAUUUCAGCUUCUUUUCCCGUGGUCGAAAGCUAAAUAUCUCAAGAUGAGAUUUUCCAAACUCUCGACAAGCAGCAAAUAGAAAAUGAAAAGAAGAUUUUGAAGGAUAUGAUUUCAUCUAAGGAGUGGCGGUUAACAGAAGGC